CCCCUCCCAGUCUUCGGGUCAACUGCCAUGUUUUACUGCAGAGGAGCUCUUACGAAGAGCACCGACAACAGCUACAGAAAGCCUCGGAGCUAUGACUACUCACGCUAGCAUGUGCUGCCGCUUGUUUGACAGACAUGUGAGCUCAACACAUUUCAGAAAACUCUUCGUCCAAUGCGUAAAUGGGAACUUUCAGCGACUGUAUUCCGGUGCUACGCACAACGAAAAUGAGCUUAAACUUGGAAACUCGACUUCAUCGGCUGCCAACUUCGCUUCUUCAACGAAAACCAGGUCCAAACAGGAGAGGCUAAGAGACGACAGCAUACUGCCCUUUUCAGCCUUCUUGACUGACAGCUUUGGUCGGAGGCACAGCUACCUGCGCAUCUCCCUGACUGAGAAAUGCAACCUGCGCUGUCAGUACUGCAUGCCAGAGGAAGGGGUGAAGCUUACACCCCGGGGCCAGCUGCUGUCCACCUCGGAGGUUCUGACCCUGGCUCGCCUCUUCGUCCAGGAGGGGGUGGAGAAAAUCCGCCUCACUGGAGGAGAGCCCCUCAUCAGACCUGACAUACUGCAUAUCAUCGCAGAACUGAGGAAGUUGGAGGGCCUGAAAACUAUUGCAGUCACAACCAACGGCAUGAACUUGGCCAGGCUUCUGCCUAAGCUGAAAGAUACUGGCCUUGACCUGCUUAACAUCAGCCUGGACUCACUGGUCCCUGCCAAGUUUGAGUUCAUUGUCAGGCGGAAAGGGUUCCACAAGGUCAUGGAGGGCAUCGAGAAGGCCAUCGAUAUGGGAUACAACCCUGUCAAGGUUAACUGUGUGAUCAUGCGAGGCUUCAACGAGGAUGAGCUGCUAGAUUUUGUGGCGCUGACGGAGAAGAAGCCUCUGGAGGUGCGCUUCAUCGAAUACAUGCCCUUCGAUGGCAACAAGUGGAACUUUAAGAAGAUGGUGAGUUACCAGGAGAUGCUGGACCACAUCAGGCAGCAGUGGCCAAACCUGGAAAAGCUUAAAACUGGACUCACAGAAACGGCCAAGACAUUUAAAGUGCCAGGCUUCAAAGGGCAGGUGGGCUUCAUCACCUCCAUGUCGGACCAUUUCUGCGGCUCCUGCAACCGCUUACGUAUCACUGCUGAUGGAAACCUCAAGGUUUGUUUGUUUGGGAACUCUGAGGUGUCUCUGAGAGAUAUCUUGCGCUCCGGAGCAUCAGAUGAAGAACUACUGCAAAUCAUUGGAGCUGCUGUUGGCAGGAAGAAGAAACAACAUGCAGGCAUGUUUAAUAUCUCCCAGAUGAAGAACAGGCCUAUGAUCCUCAUUGGCACCACAUCCAAAAGGCAUUUGUCUCUGCCAGAGUCCCAAGACGGUCAGAGAGCUUUCCCCAUUGUUUCCCAUCUUACAAACGACAUAUUCCUCUCUCAAACAGCGGCUCCUCACAUGUACCGAUCAAGCAGCAGGAGAGUCCUGAACAGAGAGGGUUUUUGGUGCCUUCCAGAAUGCAUUGCUUUAACGCAGGCUGCCCAUGUUUGCUGCCCUAGAACCUUAACGAGUGGGGGUACCCAUGUUAGGUCGCAUAUCAACAAAGAUGCACGCACAAAUGUCAUGUGCUACAUUAAAGAAGACUGUCUCAGGUACGCACAAACCAGGGGUCAUAAUGCUUUGAAGAGCCACUCACUCAGGACCCCAGGAAAACCUAUUUUUUGCACACUUCUAAUGAAUGCCAAAAUAAAUCCUAAACAACAUAAUGUUAGACUGUGCCACAAUCAAAGCUCCAGCAAAGACCCCAGUGUCGAACUCAGACGAUCUGUGAGUGAUCAGACCGAGUCGGGCACAAAGGUCUACAACACUCACCUUGAUGAAACUACCGAAGCCCAGCUGACUCAUACGGACGCCCAGGGCCGAGCCACCAUGGUGGAUGUUGGUGGGAAAGUUCCCACACGUCGAACAGCCACAGCCUGCGCCACCGUCAUCCUCGGCCCCAACGCCUUCCGGCUGCUUCGGGAUAACCAGCUGGCUAAGGGCAACGCCUUGGCCGUGGCGCAGCUGUCUGGCAUCAUGGCUUCCAAGCAGACCUCAGCCCUCAUCCCGCUCUGCCACCCGCUCCCCUUAGACCACGCCUCCGUCACCUUUGAACUCGAUGAGCUGCAGAACGCUGCGAUCAUCACAGCAACGUGUCGCACUACGGGCAGGACAGGUGUUGAGAUGGAGGCUCUGACAGCCGUUUCCGUUGCUGCGCUGACCAUUUACGACAUGUGCAAGGCAGUGAGCCAUGACAUCAUCAUCACAGAUGUAAAACUGGUCAGUAAGACAGGCGGGAAGAGAGACUUUCAUCGCCAUCCAUGACCUCCUCCCACACAAGUGAAUCCAACCCAUGAAAGAAUGAGAAUUAAUGAACUGUAAGCAUCAUAAAGACUGCACCAAUUUUCACUAGAAUUGUCAUAUUUUUCUACAAACUAAAAUGUAUGCCAUCAGAAUAAUUUCACAGACGCUCUUAUCACAUGAAAACAACGUAUACUUAGAAGUUUACCCCCAGCCUGCCAGUAGCUUACUUGAUUGCCUACUCCACUGACAUUGUACUGAAGUUGAAUGACUUGAUCCGACACUUUUCCCACACAAUAUGAAUCAUGUUAUCUAAACAGAGUUUAUGUUAAUUAAAAGCCCAGGUGCAGAGUGUGUGAUUCAGUGUCUUGGUGGCUCUUCCCUGGUCUGCUGGUAGACAUCAAGUCUAACUGAAACAUCACAGUGUGGCUACAUUACAUUAUUAUUACAUUAACACAGGGGUGUCAAACUCAUUUUAGUUCAGGGGCCACAUACAGCACAAUUUGAUCUCAAGUGGGCCGGACCAGAAGAAUUUUGGCCCACGGGCCGUAUGUUUCACUCCCCUGCAUUAACAGCACUGAUGUUUUUACAAUUGAGUUUUGGGGUUUAUUCAGUGGCUUCACAUCGACGUUGCUUUCCUCAAGUUGUCUGUGAUGAUAGUUGAUAAAGAAUUCACUCUCAUAUUUGGGCUUUUACUGGAUUUCAUUUGAGUUUUUAUUAUUUUCCUUCUACCUGUAGUAUACUGGAAACACUGGAUAUUUGUACUGGUACCUCAUUACAGUAGAGAAGGACAGUAAGGCAACUGUUUUCUUUAGCUUUUCCCCUUAAAUAUCAACCAUAAACUAAUUACACUACGUUACUACAUUAUUUAGUAGUUUGAUUUUAUUUCCCUCUAGAAUGAACUUGACUGAUUGUGUUUGUUGAUUUGAUGGUCGCUCAAGAUGCGUCAUUGAACUAGGUGGAAUUACAACUGAUGCAGCCUCCAUGUCUUGCAAGUCACAUUCAUUCAGUCAGUAUUACUGUAGGUAUGAUCCCAUCUGGUUUGCCCUGUAGACCAGCAGUGCUCACUUAUUGCCUUUGGAGAACUGUAUAUUGUCAUGAUUGUAUCAUAGCAAAUAGUUGAGUGUAUUAUUCACUCUGCAUUCAGAUCACUUGCUUCAACCAGCUUCAUUGCACUGCUCCUUUUUUUUAUUUAUCAAGAAGUAAAUGCAAGCUGUGAAUUGUUGGGGACUUGUUAAGCAUUUACUUUCCCUUACACAUAUUAAAGUAUUCUACAACCUUUCUCCUGUGAUGUUGUAUGUUUUGCAGUUGAUCACUUCAUCCAAUGGGCUCCAUGAAGGUGUGAUUUACUCUUAUAUAAAUGCAGAUAUUAAUGGAAAAUCUCUUGUAGCUUUAAAGCACAUUAACACUUGACCUGAAUAUUAUCAGAUUUAUAUUAAAAACGGUAUAAUGCAAAGAUCUUUUGCUUUAUGAAGUGAUGCAUUUAUUAUUAUUAUUAUUAUUAUUAUUAUUAUUAUUUUAAACCCUUUUCUAAACAUAGCUUGGCGUUCUUACACUUUGUGUUUCAUGAUGGUUUCAUAGUCUCUGUAUUCCUAAUAUACACGUAGUUAUCAGUAAGAGCCCUGUACCAUGUAUUGCUACUUACACAAAUAAAGGACAGAAUAUUAGAAA